CUGUAAACGUUCAUAUCAAAUAUUUAGGGGUGUUAACUUUAGUUGUUUCAUUUUGUUUUUUUCCGUACUUAUUUAUUUUAUAGAGCAUCACCUGGAAACAGUUACAAGACUGUGAGAACGGGAAUGCAUCAUGUGACCAAAUCAGCUGAUGGCGCCGCCUCCUCGUGUGACGCUGACGCAUGGCUCACGCUACGGUACGCCAUUUGUGUCUAGCAGCAAAACGCGCGGACAGUGGAAAUAGUCGUAUAACAAGAGGAGUGUGAUCCAGCUUUGAUGAUCAACUUCACUGUUAAAUACUUAUAGCAGGAUAUGAUAUGGAUCAAACAUUGAUAUCAGGAAAGGAGGCUGUUGAAGACAAAGUGCCUGACAAUGACACCAGUGGGAAAGGGCAGCCAGAAGAUGUGGAAAUGGAGGAAACUAAAAGAGACUCCCCCAGUAGGACCGCCGAGCCCGAUGAUGCAAACGAGGAACUCGCUGAGAGGCUGCGGCCGGACUCCGUGCCUGAAGAUGGGGAUAACCUCUGCUUAGUUUGUGGCUUCUCAGCCAAAUGUCCAAGAUCACUGAAGAUUCACUUUGCAAGAAAGCAUGGAAAGAACUCAAAGAAUACCAAUAGAACUGCAAAGCCAGCUGAAAAAAGUGAUAAAAUCUCUGACGUGAGUCCAGCUGAAAUCCAACAGGAGGUAGACAUGGAGACAGAAAGUGCUGUUGAAGUUAAACAAAACCAGGAGUCUGAUCUUGAUGAGCUGACAUCAGCAGCCAGUGACAAUGCCAUGAACACAAAUAGUUUAAAUAAAAAGGAAACUGUAUCAGACAACCAGCAGGCAGAUCAAGAGGAGGCGAUCCCUAGCCUGGAGAGAAGAGUGAGCAAGCGAACCCCAAAACCUAAGAUGAUAUAUUCCUGCAACUACUGUGGACAAGAGUUCAGAGACAAGUCCCCUCUAGAUGUGCAUAUCAAGAGAUCCCACACCAAAGACAUCCCUUACACAUUUGACGCUGAUGAGGACAUGGAUGGAGAAAAGGAAGCGGAGGAUCCUGGCAGCACUCCGAAGGCUCCUACUCCAGCCAGAGUGGCAGCGAAACGUACGUUCAGCAGGUUCCAGCUGAAGUGUUCAAACUGUGAUUUCAGGGUUAGCACCCCUGCGUUGCUGGAAAACCAUACUCGACUCAAACACCUGAACCAGGAGUGGUACCGUUGCAAAUUGUGCAACUUCCUUUCGGCCACAUCUGAGUGGAUGGACGCUCACCUAUCCUCAGAUAGUCACAUGGAGCAGCAGAAAAGCACAGAAUCGGCCUCAUUCGAAGUGUACGUUGAGAGCGUAAGCAGAGACGGUGCUGGUGAUGCAGCUGCUGUAGAUGAUGUGGCUCAGGUUGCUGGUGGAGAAGCGGUAGCUACUUCGACAGAAGAACAUCAGGAAACUGACGAGGCAGAUGAGGCUGCCAAAGCUGUGUUGAAUGAGGAGGAAGACUUAGACCUUGAAUCCCCCAGAAAGAAAAGGGGCAGACCAAAGCAAGGGUCCACGACCACUUGUGGAUACUGCGGCCUGGUAGUGUCCAACGCUACUAACCUCAGCGUCCAUGUCCGCCGCAAACACAGCAAGGAGUAUGGCUACAGCUGCACUCUGUGCAACUAUAGCUGCGUGACCAAAGGAGACAUGGAUCGCCACUGCAUCACGAAGAAACACGUUAAACGUGCACAAGAGUGCGCAAAUAAGAACCCGGUCAACAAUCACACAAGUGCGUCACAGCAGGAACCCACAACUACGCGAGCCCAGGAACCAAAUGCAGCGUCACAGACCACCGACAAUGAGCCAGAAUCUGACAACACAGCCUCCAACGAACACAGCGGAGAAGAGCAAACUCAAUCAGACUCAAGCCAGAAAAAAAGUAAAUAUGACUCUGUUAAUGCCUGCAGCCACUGUGACUUUGUAGCUCAAUCAAUCCCUUCGCUCCAUCUUCACGUCAAGAGAAAGCACACCAAAGAUUUUGAGUAUGUCUGUCUAGCAUGUAGCUACUAUGCUGUAACGAGCAGGGAAAUGUCUCGCCAUGCCAACACAGAAAAGCACAAACAGAAAAGCCAGAAGUACCUGGAACCACUAGGGAGUGAGGGACAAAGAGCUUUGGCACUCCCAUUGAAGCUGAAGGAGGUCAUUGAGCUUGUUGGGGCAAACUCUAACCCUGAAUGUGAACACUUUAGCCCCACAGAAGAGUCCGAUUCUUGUUCUGAUGACGGCCAAGCAAUGGAAAGUCAGAAUACGGCUGCAGCCUCAGUCACCGCAGAGCCUGUCGAUGCUGUGGUUAGUGUGGCUGGCAGUGCAGAUGAGAAGCAAGCAGAGAUUACAUCUUCCAGUAGUGAUGAACCAGAUCCAACCAACGAGACAGUUGUACUUGCAGAGCUGUGUGAAGCCCAGCAGUCUCCAGCAGAACUUCAGCCUGCAGUUGAUCAGUCUGCACAGCAAGAGAACCAAGAGGAAGAUGAAGAGGGUAAACAAGCAGAUGAAGAACACUCAAAUGCAGAUGAGAUGAUUUUAGAAGCAAAAACUGACAGCUGUCAUUCAGAUACACAAAUGUCCAAAGCCCCUCCCUUUGAUGCCUGCAUUUUAUCCAUGAAGGCCCUUGCUGAGCAGGAGCAGGAGCUGCAGGAAGGUCUGGCUCUAGAGGGCGAGGCUGCUGUGAUAUGUCUGACUGGAGGAUCACCGGUGCCCUCUGGCUUCCCGCACCCCAAUUCUGCAUAUGUCAAGAAGCUCAAACGCAAAGAAAUUAGGGUGAGAGAGGAAGCCAAAGGAAGCAGCCCUCGCAUCCGCUGCGAGGACUGCGGCUUCAUGGCUGACGGCAUCAGCGGCCUCAACGUCCACAUCUCCAUGAAACAUCCGUCCAAGGAGAAGCAUUUCCACUGCCUGGUGUGCGGCAAGUCGUUCUACACCGAGAGCAACCUGCACCAGCACCUGACCAGCGCCGCCCAUCUCCGCAACGAGCAGAACAGCGUGGAGACGCUGCCCGAGGGGGGCGCGAGCUUCAAGUGCGUGAAAUGCACAGACCGCUUCGAAUCGGAGCAGGAACUGUUUGUUCACAUCAAGGAGAAACAUGAGGAGCUCCUGAGGGAGGUCAACAAGUACGUGGUGGAGGACACGGAGCAGAUUAACCGCGAGCGCGAGGAGAACCAGGGCAGUGUGUGCAAAUACUGUGGCAAGGUGUGCAAGAGUAGCAACUCCAUGGCCUUCCUGGCACACAUUCGCACGCACACCGGAUCCAAGCCCUUCAUGUGUAAGAUCUGCAACUUUGCAACCGCUCAGCUGGGAGACGCCAGGAACCACGUCAAGAGACACCUCGGCAUGAGAGAGUACAAAUGUGACAUCUGUGGAUGGGCCUUUGUGAUGAAGAAACACCUCAGCACCCACCUGCUGGGGAAACAUGGAGUUGGACAGCGUAAAGAGAGGAAGUUUGAAUGCGAGUUGUGCGAUCGCUCCUUCAGUGAAAAAUGGGCCCUGAACAACCACAUGAAACUGCACAGUGGGGAGAAACCGUACAAGUGCGCCUGGCCGUCCUGCCACUACGCCUUCCUCAACCUGUCGGCCAUGAAGGACCACUACAGGACACACACAGGAGAGAAGUCUUAUCUGUGUGACCUGUGUGGUUUUGCUGGAGGAACGAGACACGCCCUCACCAAACACAGACGCCAACACACAGGAGAGAGACCCUUCAAAUGUAAGAUCUGCAACUUCGCCUCCACCACGCAGUCCCACCUAUCGCGGCACAAGCGUGUUCACACCGGGGAGAAACCGUACCGCUGCCCCUGGUGCGACUACAGAUCCAACUGUGCUGAGAACAUCCGGAAGCAUAUUCUCCAUACGGGCAAACACGAGGGCGUGAAGAUGUACAACUGCCCCAAAUGUAACUACGCCACCAACGCUCCAAUGGAGUUCCGCAACCACUUGAAGGAUAAUCACACCGAUAUUGAGAACCCAGAUCUCGCCUACCUACAUGCAGGUAUCGUGUCCAAGUCUUUCGAGUGUCGUCUGAAGGGUCAGGGGGCUACGUUUGUGGAAGCAGAAGCCGUGGAGUCCCCUGUGCACAUUAAGGGCUCAUCUGAGAUGUCCUGCCACGAUGAUUCUGUCCAGCAGGUCAUCAUUAUCCAGGGCUACGGCGACGGGGAGGUGACGAUCGACCAGGCCCUGGAAGAGUCGGCUGCCGCCACCCUGCAGACGCUGGCCAUGGCCGGCCAGGUGGCAGAGGUGCUCCACAUCACAGAAGACGGACAAUUCAUCGCCUCGGGCAGGGAAGUGGCAUCCGCGGGUGCCCACCUGGCCGGAGGCGGCACCCAGUACGUGGUGCUGGAGUCGGGGGAGGCCAGGAAAGAGCUGCGGGCUGUGGCUAGAGGGGUAGCGGUAGCAGCCGCAGGACAAAGUCACGUUGUUUCGGAGUCGUCCACAGCUCUGGACGCUCUGCUCAGCGCCGUCAGCGAAAUGGGCCAUCAGGAGGAGAUGGAGGGGGAGACGACCGUCGUUCAUGAGGUCCUGAACCCCGAGAUAGCCGAGGCGGUGCGGAGCGUCAAACAGGAACAGGAGGAGGUGCAGGUCAUCCAGGAGAGCGGUCAGGGGGGCAUGCAGGAGGUGCUGCAGCUCGCCGCAUCCCAGAUGAUGAAGGAAGGUCUGCACCAGGUUAUUGUCAACGAUGAAGGAACGCACUACAUCGUGACGGAGCUGGACAACUGCACCUUACAGGUGGAGGGAGGCGUGUAUGGAGAGGCUGUGCAAUGUGACGGGGAGGUGCAGCAGGCAGAGUCGCACGCUGGAGAGGAGAUGGUGGUCUAUCUGGAUGGAACCCCUCAUAAUAUAGUUCUGGAAGGGUAGAGGACAGAGGAAUUCACUAAAAGACAUACAUCUCUUGUUUCAUCUCAGUUUUCUUUGUUUAAUUCUGUUAAAGCCUGAUUUUUUUUAAUAUUCUGUGUUCUGUUUUUUACUCUCUUGUCUUGGGCGACGCUAAACUCAGGUUAAACAUCAUUUAUUCAGAGGGACAGUGAAGGAAACAGGUUUUGGUGCUAAGUGAGUUAACUUGCAAUCCUCACAACCACCAAGACUACAUAAACCACUUGAUUAAUGCCGUGCAACUACAGGAAAUGAAUAUAUUUCCUCCUGAAAUAUUUUUUUGAAAAUGCAUCUAAUAUUCAGACAGUCAUUACAAAGGAAAAUAUGUAUUCUGCUUUUUGUUUUCUUUAUGAUACCUUUGUUUAAAUAUGAUAAAGAUGAUUUUAGAAUUUUGACUUUGACACAGUGGUUUAUUAUUUUCUUAUUUUUUUUCUUUCCAUCCUUUGUAGGGAUUAGUAUGUUACUAGUUAUGAAAUAAUAACUUGAUUGAGUUUGAAAAACUCUAAAACAGAUCUCACAGAUGAUUUAUAUGUAAUGAAAUACAGUUGAUAAUUAUACACUUCCGUUUUUUGACAGCCCCUCAGCUGUUUGUAAGUUCAGCUUUUGGGAAACCUCUAAAAAACAUUAAUGCAAUUUCAUUUCUGACAAUAAAGAUUGAGUCUAAUUUUUAA